AUGUUACUCUCCGAAACAAUAGAUAUGGACACAGCUGAGGAAAGAUGGCGUCGAUUAAUUGCAAUUUGGCUUCGAAUAAAUGGAAAGCAAUAUGCAGAAACAUUCAAUCUCUCCAUAAAUCUAUCUUUAAAUCUUGCAAUAUUCCUUGUGAAGUACUUGAAAAUUAAAGGAGAUGAAGCUGAAAAAUUGGCUUUCUAUGAGAUAUACGCACUUUUUAAAGAAAAGCAUAAAGGAAUAAUCAAAGAUACUCAAUUCAUAAGUGAGGGAGAUAUCUUGGACCUGGUCAAGCUCAAAGAUUAAAAGAAGUAUGAUAUAUAUUAAAUUGAAAAGACUGAAUUAACUAGUGGAACAACCUUCAACUUCUUUAAGAAGAAGAGGGACUCGAAAUUUUUAGAGCACUCCUGGCAAAUUAGUAGUAUGACUGAAAACUACCAGAAUCAAUAAAUCAUAGAUAGCUAAGAAAAUGGAGGCUUGAUGAACUGCAGAAAUGACAUUAAGAAACUUAUAGAUAUGUUCUAAGAGUUUAAGUCUCUAGAUCUCUUAUUCAAGUUCAUAAAGAAGAUAUAAGAUAAAUCACAAAUCGAGUUAAGGGUCGCAGAGUUUAGAGGAUUUAAAGGCAAUUCUAAUACUAUCGAAGUAUUCUGCCCACACAGGCCUAAUUGCAAAUUUCAAAUUGUCUACAGAUAUUUCUUAGAGUUUAGAAAUGAUAAUAAGGUGCAUGAAAAAAUUGUUUUUGAUCGAGUAGGAUAGCUUGUUCACUAUCAUUAAGAAAGACUUGAGAUGUAUAAACUUGGAAAGAUGUUUCUCAAAAUGCCGAAAGGAGAAAGAGUACCGUGA